AUGUCUUUCAAGAAAGAUGCUUCAUUCUGCGUCCCUCUAUGGAUCAACGGGACUACUCUUCGCCCCGAGGAUUCGCCAACCUACGACGUCACUACUCCCCCAUCACAAUCUUUAACAUGGAAAGCAUGUGCUGCGACACCGACUACUAUAAAUGAAGCGAUUCAAUCCGCUUCCCGAGCUUUCACCUCUUGGUCUAAAACACCGCUAUCAGAACGCCUCUCGAUACUUUCAAAAGCUGCUGAUAUCCUUGAAUUGAAAGGUGACGAGGUUCAAUACUACUUUGAGAAGGAGAUCAGCGGUACCGAGGCAUGGUCUUCUUUUAACCUGAAUUUCUGUGUCGGUUCUUUGAGGAGUAUUGGAGAUGUACUCGGGGACACUUUGCGACCUGAAGUUAUCAAAGGGAAAGAUGGGAUGAAAGGGACAAUUGCUCGAGUACCACAUGGAGUGGUUGGCGCUGUCUCUACAUGGAAUGCACCUCUAAUUCUCGGCCUCCGUGCAUGUCUCACCCCCAUAGCCGCAGGAAAUACGGUGGUCAUGCUGGCCGCUCCUCUCGCGCCUAUGACCCAUUACUUCAUAGGUCUUAUCCUCCACGCCGCAGGUCUCCCAGCCGGUGUACUCAAUGUUCUCCCCGCACCACCGGCUCCAAACGAUGCUGCCGAGGUGGUAGAAACCCUACUUAAACACCCUAGGAUCCGUUGUUUAAACUUCACCGGUUCUACCACCGUAGGGAGGAAAGUCCACGAAGUCGCAGGGAGAUAUGGAAAACCCGUAAUCAUGGAAUUAGGCGGCAAAUGUGUGGCCCUAGCUCUCAAAAAUGCCGACACAGACAAGUUGGCCCAGGAGCUCGUUGUCGGGGCUUACCUCAACUCCGGGCAGAUUUGCAUGUCUACCGAGCUCGCUCUGAUCCCCUCCAGACUCGUCCCCACUCUCAUCGAAAAGCUAAUUUCCACAAUUCCCAAAAUACUCCCACACCCCAGACUCCCCAUCAUAACCCACCACUCCAAACAAAAGGUGCUAAAACUCAUCACCGACGCCGUCCAAAGGGGUGCAAUAAUCCACUCCGCCUCCAUCUCAUCAGACGACCAGUAUUCUCAACUAGACUUCCUAAAAGAACUCGCCGAAGACACAAAUUCCUCCUUACCCCCCCUGUUCUUAACCAAGGUAACCCAAGAAAUGGAAAUAUACAAUACUGAAUCAUUCGGUCCCGUAUUCUGCAUCCUCGAAUACGAAGAUGACAAUGUAGAUCAGGCGGUCAAAAUGGCGAAUGACCUAGAAGUUGGAUUAUCAGUAUCCAUCUUCUCGGCAGAUGAAGAUGAAGCGAUGAAUAUUGCAGGAGAAAUCGAUUCCGGGGCUGUACAUAUCAACCACAUGACGGUUUACGAUAACCCGGCGUUCCCGCAUGGCGGAGUCAAAGCUUCUGGGUUCGGUCGUUUCGGUGGGAAAUGGGGUAUCGAAGAAUUUACUUAUAUCAAAACCAUUACGGCUGCAAUUUGA